CUUUGGGAGAUCUUUUCCGAGCAACUUUGGCACUUAUGCCAUCCCAAUGAUUGUGAAAUAGCGAACGGCAACAUUAGUAUAAGAAUACCGACUACAUCUUGAAAAGACCAAGUUUACACAGGCCUAGCCUUUGGACGAGAUAAAUCGUGGAUAUAAUUUUGGUGAAGGAAGACUUAGCUAUGAAGUUAGUUUAAAUGCAGUUUUACUGGAUCUUCAACAGGAUAAAAUCUUCACCAAACUAACUUAACCACUAAUAAUUUUGUUGUUAUUCAAACGUACUAUAUUUCCAAUAUACACAUUACAUGAAAAUCUGUUGUUCGCUAUGGAGCCACGUUCAUCUACUAAACGUUUGAAUCGCUACAAAGCUGCCAGAGAUGACAACGUUUACCAUAAUGGCUCAUCUAGUCAGUCAAGCCAACACCCAGGCAAUGGACACGAGAAAUGGGAGAAUAAUAAUGAACAGAAUUGGGGACAUUUUGGAGGUUAUGACAACGGAUUCAUAGCAGGAAUGAAUUACAGAAAGGAUCACGACAACCUAUUCUCAGAGGACAGAGUCUCAAUGAUGAGUUAUCAUGAAAGUGAAACAUUCCAACUGCCCAAAACAUUCCGAAACGUCAUUUCGUCCUGUGCUAACCGCACCUCCGUACAAGGCGUGCCGAAUAUCAACAACUCAAAAUCUAUGGUACAAAGGGUUGGCUGGUCGUUAUUAUUCAUUGCUGCAUGUGUUGUCACUGUGGAGCAGCUUUACGAAGUCUUUGAUAAAUACUACUCCUACGACAAGAACACUGUGAUAUCAUUAGAGUACCAACAUAUUCGAUUCCCGAGCAUAACGAUAUGCAACCAGAACGCCAUAAGAAAAGACAAGUUGCACUUGGCGCGACCUGAACUAAAGGCGUUUCUAGAAAACUAUAUGAAGGAGAAGCCAUUUGGGAACAGAAAGAAACGAGAUGUUGGUCCUCAACCAUUAGGUCCUUCUUCAACUCCUUCUGAUUCUGCCUCGAUACAAAGUGCAACAUCUGCAACUCCCAACUCGACCUUUGGACCAAACGGUUUGAACAUAAUUCCUACAAAUGGUCCUAAUGGGCAAGAAGUCACAAAUGAUUCUAAUACUCAAAUGCCCACAAGUGAUACCAGCACACAAAGGCUCACAAAUAAUCCAAAUAUACAAGGUGACAUAAAUAAUCCAAAUGUGCAAGGUGACAUAAAUAAUCCAAAUGUGCAAGGUGACAUAAAUAAUCCAAAUGUGCAAGGGGACAUAAAUAAUCCAAAUAUACAAGGUGACAUAAAUAAUCCAAAUGUGCAAGGUGACAUAAAUAAUCCAAAUGUGCAAGGUGACAUAAAUAAUCCAAAUAUACAAGGUGACAUAAUUAAUCCAAAUGUGCAGGGGGACACGGAUCUAGGACAGUCUAGCAGUACGUUUCCUGGUCAGAGGCAGCGUGUUAGCAACACUACAUUUCUGUCUGAUAAAUUCAAUAGCUUUAGAUUCGAGGAGGAUGGUUUUGAGGGAUUAACUGAGGACGCAGCAAGGGAUCUAUUCGAAGAGUAUCAAUAUCUUGUACAUGAGGAAUCCGAUGAGACUCGCCAACAGAUGGGUCAUCAGGGGAACAGCUUCAUCCAAUCGUGUUCCUUCAAUGGAUAUGAAUGCGAGGCAUCAAAUUUUGAAGAGUUUCUCAAUACAGAGUAUGGCAACUGUUUCACAUUUAACAACAAGAAAUCCCGUAAAGGCGAAUCUUUAAGAUCAACCAAGGCCGGAUACCAACAUGGGCUAAACUUGGUUUUAUACCUUGAUGGUCGGAACUACAUGCCGGGUAUUACCCAAGGAUCUGGUGCCAUUUUGGUGGUGCAUGAGUUUGAUACCACGCCGUAUCCAAGCCAAGCUGGAAUUGCAAUUAACGUUGGUACAGAAACUAGACUUGCUCUGAAAAUGGUUGACAUAAAAAGGUUAGGCGGCAUAUAUGGCGACUGCACGUUUGAUAGUACAUGGGAAAAAGAUUAUGGGGCACUAUACACCCAGCAGAGUUGCAUCGAGACGUGUCAACAUAGAGGAAUAAUGGAGCUAUGUGGCUGCCACGUCCAUGGUUACAAGGAAUACUACCCAAUACACUUUAGAAGCAACGGCACACUAUGUGAAACAGACGCAGAACUGCUUUGUGCCUUCAAGUUGAAGCGAGACUACCUGAAGGGAAACUACACAUGCGAUUGUAAUCAGCCCUGCGAUGAAAGAAUAUAUGAAUAUAGUACAUCGUCAAAUGACUGGCCGCACACGGCAUAUGAGGAUACUGUCAAAGAACUUGGAUGUAGCGAUGACGUUGAUGAUGAAAAGAUUUGCGAAGAUGUAUCAUCGCCACAGUUCAAUGUUAGAGACGACUACCUCAGCUUAAGGUUAUUCUAUCAAACAUUAAAUUACGAGUCCAUCGAAGAGGAACUGGAUUACUCGAUUGCCAACUUCCUGUCAGAUAUAGGUGGCACUGUUGGUCUAUGGAUAGGCGCAUCUGUUCUUACGGCAGUGGAGGGCCUAGAGAUGGUUGCACUUUUAUUUGUCUUCUUCUACCGCAAGUGUAAACGCUGGUACAGAGCUGACCAAGAGUACGAGAGAAAGGUACAGGAAGCAAAGAGGAAGAAAAGGGAAGAAGAAGAACAAGCGAAACGAGAAGAGAAAAUUAAACAAGAAAAAAGACAAUCUAAAAGAUCUAGCCAACCAUCGUUUGCCAAUUCGAACGGACUUUCGCCAAUGGGAUCAACUUUUCGCCCUCCUUUAAGACAUACUCCCUCAUACAGCAGUGCGAGGUAUUAGCUAAUGAUACAACGUAAUUGUUAUGCAUCGAGCAGAUGAUUACAACCUUUUCAAUUUCUAUAAAACACGAUGCAAUUUAUUUCGACCCAACAGUGUUGUUAUAAAUUGGUAAUUGAGAUUUUUCACAUUAAGUAUUCAUCAAUUUUCUGAAGUGACUUUUAAUUUUCCACGAGAAGAUGUGCACUCAUGUUUAAACAGCAGUGAAUAAUGUGGCAAGAACAGUGUAAUUGGCAACUCGAAUUAAUCCUAUCCUUAUACCGUCAGAGGAAGGAAUAUCAUGACCUUAUAGGCAAGGCUACGUCGUCUACUGUCUUACAGAUCAGCAUUUGUCAAUCCGACAUGUAGAAAAAUCAUACGGAGCUUUAAAACUAAGCUACGAUGACAUUAUUUUUUAAUGUACUUCAAAAACUAUACAAU